GGCCACCACUACCUCCUCCAUGCUAUAAGAUCACUACCAGCACCGGUAUUGCACUGAUAAGUGCCCCGAAUCACCGCGGGAAGUGUGAACGUUCAAGUCUUGUUCUUCAGAUCUUCUAGCCGUUCAUUUGCUUUGCCAUUUCGUAUUCAUACGGUUUGACAAUACCACGUCGCCUGCUUCCUAUACAAAGCACUGAGACUCCCCACUCUACGCGUUGCAUUAUUUAAGUACACCGCAGGAGCGGGCACGAUCAAAGAUGGCCAAAUCAACGAAAACACCCAAAGGUCAACCGACGCGCAAGCACAAGAAACGGCGUCUCUCCUACAAGGAUCACUUUGCCCGUCUCAUGAAGGAGGUAGUGGAAGUUGUCCCCGAAGAAGUUGCUUCUACCUCGUCCUCGCCUGCCGCAUCUACUUCGACCACUCAAACUGCUCCCGCCCCCAACUACUCUAAUAUCCUCCUCAUUGAGAAAUUCCAGGAUGCUCUCGACACUCGGACAGCUGUAUGCCGCCGCCUCGAGAUCCUUGUGCGGAGCUCAACUUUAUAUACGCCAUCAGCACAAGCUCGCUUGAUCAAGUGCUUACGGGAUGACUACAUCCGGGGGGACAGAACGAGGAAGGUCAUUGACAAUCUGCGACAUUCUGAUUUCAUCAGUGCUACAAGCAUGGCAAGUCAGGAUGCAGAUUUUAUUACGAAAGAGGUUACGGAGAGCACGAGACUUUUUUUUGAGGGAAGUAAGGAAUUGCAAGAAAUAGGAGAUCAAAUUGCAGCACAGUUCUCAUAGUAUUAGUAGGUUUCCGUCUCAGGCACUAUUAAUGGGUCUGGGCGCUAACAUUCCCUGCAGGUCACGCGUUCGGCAUGUCUAUGUCUCGUGCUCGUCACUUUCUUGCACUGAAGUAUUGUAGCAUUUA